AAUAGUUUUUGAUGUAUGGAGGGGGAGUUUAGAUAGACCUCGUGGUAGUGUGGGUCUCGCCAACGCGAAGUUUAUUUAUAUAACAGGAUAAGAUUGGUAAAAAGGGGUGGAAGCGCUCUCUACUUCCGUUGUCCGUUAGUUAUGGUUUUGACCGCCCUUCUCGCCCGACAUUCCUUGUCUGUCGAGUGCCUCAACCGGAUUCUUGUUCGACGCUCGCCUCUCACUUCCACGCUAGAGUACUUCAGCAAAAAGGCAGAAAUGUCUCUACCGAAGGUCUAUUUCGACAUGCAGGCCAACAACCAGCCCGUCGGACGGAUUGUUAUGGAGCUCCGAAGUGAUGUAGUGCCCAAGACUGCAGAGAAUUUCCGUGCUCUUUGUACUGGAGAGAAAGGUUUUGGUUACAAAGGCUCAACUUUUCACCGUGUAAUCCCUAACUUCAUGUGCCAAGGAGGUGAUUUUACCAAACACAAUGGUACCGGUGGAAAAUCAAUCUACGGAGGUCAAUUCAACGAUGAGAAUUUCCAACUUAAGCACACUGGACCUGGCAUCUUGUCUAUGGCUAAUGCUGGAGCCAACACCAACGGCAGUCAGUUUUUUAUAACAACUGCAAAGACUGCCUGGCUGGACAACAGGCAUGUUGUCUUUGGGAGUGUCGUUGAAGGUAUGGAUGUUGUUAAGACCCUCGAGUCCUAUGGAUCUCAAAGUGGAAAAACUUCAAAAGUUAUCACUGUUGCCGAUUGUGGACAACUUUCAUAAGAAUACGCAAAACUAAGUUAAAUUGCUGCAUUUAAAUUUAGGCUGGAAAUUAAGCAAACACAAAAAAAAACCUUUAGCAGACAUUUUCUUUCAAUUAUUUUUAUUAUUCCAAUUUUGGAUGAUUUUAAUUAAGAAAAAUGUAUCUUUUUCUGCACUAAGCAUUUAUAUUCUGUUUAUUUGUUUCCUUUCUUCUCUGUAGACUACUUAUUCAGUUAGUAAAGUAAUAAUCCCAACCAUGUGAUACUUUUUUAAUAUAUUGUGUGUGGUGACAUAAUGAUUUUUUUAUUAUUUUGUUUUUGUUAACCUAUAGAGAAUACUAACACACCAUCAUAUUUUAAUAAACAUCAUUCUUGGAUUCAUUGGUCUUUGUUAUUUUGCCUAAUUUGUACUCUUGGGUUUAUUGAAUUUGUAACCGAUUUGAAAUAUAUAAACAUACAUAGAUCAUAAAUUGUUUUUGAUUAUGAAAUACAAAUUAUUAUCAUUAUUUUGUAAUUCAAAAAAACAUAUUUUUAAAAUAACAUAAUUUGUUAGAUAUAACUUUUUAGCUGUAAUGUGUAUUAUGGUAGAGGUUUUCUAAUCAAAAACAUUUGUGUAGCAAUUUGUGAACAACAUUGAGGAAUAUAAAGGAAUAAUAAUA